AUGCUGAGAUCAAAGCUUUGGUACUGCAAUUGUGAGAUUUGCCACGCCUAUGUCACCUCAUGCUGGUCUCUGAAAUUCGACAACCUUUGUGAUUGGUAUGCGCAUCUUCUUAGAGACUCUCCGACCAAAACCAUCCACAUACAUGUUCUGAGAAACACCAUCACUGCCAACCCUGAAAACGUCGAAUACAUGCUCAAGACCCGGUUCGAAAACUACCCUAAAGGCAAGCCCUUCUCUGCCAUCCUCGGUGACUUUCUUGGCCAGGGCAUAUUCAACGUGGAUGGCCACUCGUGGAGGUUUCAGAGGAAGAUGGCCAGCCUCGAGCUCGGCAGGCACUCUGUUCGAUCUUUCGCGUUCGAGAUUGUCAGCCAUGAGAUCGAACACCGUCUCAUCCCUCUUCUGUCAUCGUUUAGUUCUUCAGAUGAUGGUGGUGGAAGCGUCCUCGAUUUGCAAGACGUGUUUAAGAGAUUCUCGUUCGACAGCAUAUGCAAAUUCUCUUUCGGGUUGGAUCCUAUGUGCCUAGAGUUGUCGCUGCCGUUGUCCAAAUUCGCCGUUGCCUUCGACAUGGCCUCGCAGCUGUCCGCAAAGAGAGCCAUGACGGCGUCUCCCUUGAUUUGGAAGAUCAAGAGAAUAUUUAAUUUGGGGAGCGAGAAGCAAUUAAAAGAAUCUAUUAACAUGAUCGACCUCUUGGCCAAAGAGGUCAUUGCUAGAAAGCGCGAAACGGGGUUUUCAACACAAAAAGAUCUCUUGUCACGUUUCAUGAGAAGUGUGGAAGACGAAACGUAUCUGAGGGACAUUGUAAUAAGCUUUCUAUUGGCAGGGCGUGACACUGUUGCGUCUGCUUUGACAAGUUUCUUUUGGCUCAUGGGCACCCACCCGACCGUUGCAUCAGCGGUUCGGGUUGAGGCUGAUAGGGUUCUUGGACCCAACCAGGGCCUCAAGAACUUUGAGCAAAUGCACGAGCUUCAUUAUUUACAAGCAGCAAUUUAUGAGAGCAUGAGGCUCUUCCCUCCUAUACAGUUCGACUCAAAGUUUUGCGCACAAGAUGAUGUUUUGCCUGAUGGCACGUUUGUGAGGAAAGGGACUAGGGUUACUUACCAUCCAUACGCAAUGGGUCGGAUCCAGGAUAUUUGGGGAUCCGACUGCAUGGAAUUCAAGCCCGAGAGAUGGUUGAAGGACAGUGUUUUCGUUACAGAAGACCCGUUUAAGUACCCGGUUUUCCAACCGGGGCUUAGGGUUUGUUUGGGGAAAGAGAUGGCUCUAAUGGAGAUGAAAACCGUGGCGCUUUCAUUGCUCAGACGAUUCAGUAUUCAUCCCGUGACACACGAAUUAGGCCGUGUACCACGGUUCUCUCCAGGGCUCACCGCGACCUUCAGCGAUGGCCUUCCGGUGUUGGUAAGAGAAAUGAAAACACAGCCAUCGUGCUCAUGA